AACGAUUAUCUCUGGUUUCAUCCUUAUGUGGCAAAGAAGCGUUUUAUAAAUCUUUAUUCCACUGUGAAGUUUGGUAACAUUUUAAAAUAGGAUAAUUUAAUUGAUAAAUUUUUUGAGUAUUUGAUAAAAAAUUGAUGUUGGUGGGGAAACAUGUAUUAUAUAUUUUUUCACAUAGUGCGAUGAUAUUUUGUAGACAUGUGUGAUGAUGUGGUGUCGUAAUUUUUACUUUACUCUACCUUACUUCAGGUUCACAUAUUCUACCUUCUGCACAGAAGGUUCAGGGUUUGAACCCCAGUGUCACAAAGUCUAGGGAGUAGCUAAGGGUCCAUUGUAUUGGAUCUAUGUGAUCUCCUCGGUCGACUCAGUCGAAUGAUAGGAAACUUAAUUGAGGGUUAAAUGAGGAGGGGUACCUGUUAAAAGUUCUAGAAACUUCCUAGGAUACCCCUUCAGUGCAUACUGUAAACAUAGUACUAUUAACUAUUAUUAACUAUUAUUAACUAUUAUUAACUAUUAAUGUAUCCUCUUUCUGCAAAUAGCUUGAAUAUUCUUUUCUGCAACUACCACAAUAGACUGGGUUAUAAUAGCACAAUUGAACCUAAUGAUUUAAGUGGGCAGGGGGUCUUCAUGGAAAUUUUCUGCCGGUCAAAGGUCAGCAUGUGUUAGAAGGCCAGGAAACUUAAAAUGUAAAUAUGUGAAAAUACACUAAAAUCCUGUAAAACUUAUGAUUUUAUUGUGUUUUUAUUAUGAAUUUUAUGCACAUGAAAAUGAUCACUCCCACUAUCAUAUUUCUCAUUCACAUAACUCAGAUGUUUGAUAAGUGGAAUGGUUAUUGCUAACAAUCUGAGAGAGUCAAAUGAUGUACAUGAGAAGCGUGACAUAGAACUACGGAUAUUGAGUGCUGCUCGAGCUGGUGACUUUGCACUUGAAAGAGUACUUGGUAACGGAGAUAAUGGUGUCGUUGUUUCGGCUAAGUGCACUCGCCGAGGAUUACCCUUUUCAAAUAAACUGUAUGCUGUGAAAAUUUUGUUUAAUGAUAACGCUUUGCGCACACGAGAUAUCCGGGAUGCUUUUGAAAAUGAAUGGGAAAUCCUCUCAAGAAUAAGAACACACCCACACAUAAUACGAUAUUGGUCCCAGUUUGUAGAUGUUGUACCUGAAGUCAUUGCCAGACAGUGCAAACAUCCAACUCCUAACAUGCAAUCACAGUACUCAUCGCAGUUCGUGAUAAUGGAUUUCCAUCACAACAACUUUGGAGGGAAGCGUGCCACUUUGCCCACCCCGUUACCUGUAAAUACGGGAAUGAAGUAUUGUGUACAGUUAGCUGAUGGACUUGUCUUCUUAAAAUCACAGGGUGUGCUUCACCUGGACCUGAAACCAGACAACAUCCUUCUCUCUGACACAGAUAACAUUAUCAUCUGUGACUUUGGGUGCGCGCUGCAGUUUGACACAGAGUCCAUGAGGAAGACUUUAAUGAGAGGAGAACCUCCCGGUGGGAACCCGGCUCAUCUCUCACCAGAGGUUCUCAACGAAUUCUUCAGAGCACAAAGGGGAGGACCUAGCGCGGAAGCAGCAACUGUGAGCUACUUCCGACAGACAGAGUGGGCGUACGCCUGCAUGGUCCACGAGAUGAUACGCAACGUUCACCCCUUCCCUGAAUACCCAGUCAGGUACGGCCGUCCUAUCCAGUAUUAUGACAGACAGAUCCCCUCUCUCCCCACCAGCUAUCCACAAGAGUUCCAGUUUAUAGUUCGACAACUGCUGAGUUACGAGCCAACCACCAGACCCAGCAUUAAGGAGGCUUUUAACAUCCUUACCUCCUGUCAUCAAGGAGAAGAGUACAACGUCCAAGAGCUUCAGAACAAGAUAUCCAUGUUGACAGACAGGUGCCAGUCUGCCGAGCGCGAACGCAAGGAGGCGCGCCGUGAACGGGACGAAACUGUCAAACAACUCCAAGAGCUGAUUGCGGAGCUGAAGACAAUGCGUGGAGAACGUGAACAGGUCAAUACCUCUCUGGCACGUUUAAAGAGAGAGAAUGACCUUGCCAACAAGAAUGUGUCCCAACUCAGACUUGAACAAGAGAGGGACAGAAGAGAGCUGACGGCACUGCGCAGGGAGCGGGACGUUGCGCAGACGAUGAUAAAUCAGCUCCGCGCAUCACGUGACAGUCCCACAUUGUUUGUGGGUAAUCAGUCUGCAGUUGUGAACAAAUGGACGUCUAAAGAGGGAGGAGCGGGGCCUCCGGAUAAACCAGGUUUAGGUAAAUCCAACACAGCAGUCCCUGGUAGAAGAGGGGAACCGGAGCAAAGUGCCACUACUCCCAGGAAAAACAAAACCGCUGCUGGUGGCACGGGCGGUCAGGAGUCAGGUUACGUGUCCGCUAAUUUCGGGGUAGUUUCCCCCAGCACGCCCAACACUGGAGGAAGAUCCAGGAGAAGAUGGGGUAAAGCUCAGGUUCCUGGAAACCUAUCGAGUAAUGCUGGCACUGCAGACGAGGAGUUACCAUCAGAUUCAAUAUUCCAGCAACCUCCAUCUCCUAAACUAAAGAGAGAUGCUCUCUUCCCUAACGUUGGAGAGGGACCACCUCAACCUCCCUUAUCUGGCGGAUCAGGAAGCGGACUUCCUCCAACCACUCCAAGACGGUCUUCUAACGCGAUUGUGAAAUGUCGCAGGUGUAGCGAGCAGUACAAGGAGAGCGAGAACCAUGUUGGAGCCUGUAGGUGGCAUCCUGGAAAAGUUACCGUUAUUGACUGGGGCUGGAUGAAGGUAAACGUAUGGGACUGCUGUAACGAGACUGAAGGAGCGGGAGUGUCAGGGUGUAGAGGACGUGCGCACAUGGCAGCAAUAGAAGGACGAGGUGGAGGUGCACCUAACACUGGAACUAAAACACUUGCUGUGCACACUUGAUGUGCACACACUGUGCACAUUGUCCGCACUUGAUGUGUUAUGUGGAAUGUACUCUGAAUACAUUUAGCGAUUACUUAUUGUGUUAACUUAUUGAUGUUUGGAUAAAGAGAUGAUUGUUGAAGUAAGAGGCGACUGUAGGGAGUGUAGUGUGAGUAGAUUAGGAUAUCUGGUUUUAGGGGGUUUAGGGGCCGGGCCCCUGACCACUAUAAAGGCCAUAUGGUUUAGAAAUAGAUUAGAAAAAUUAGUUUUAGCGAAGUUUUCUUUCAGCGUUGGUUAGCAAUUAUGGUAAUUGAAACUUCUAAAAGUUGUUGUUAAUCGUGUUUUUAGUAGUUCACAGUUUUUAUGGAUAUUGCUUGAUGUUUAGCCUCUGAAAAUCAACCUUUUAGUGAUUUUCUGUCUGUGGAAACUGGAAUGUCUUAAUUUUAAAGCCUAACCAGUCGCCUCUGGUUGAAUGUAUUUAUAAAUAUUUAACGAUUGGAAUUUUACUUACCUUAAUAGUUCCAUUUGUAAAAUAAUGACUCAGAAUCACAAAUCAAGUUGGAGUUAAAAAUUGGCUAUCUAAAAUUAUGUUUUUGUUCAUUUGACUCAGUUUAUUUUUUGUAAAAACUUUUAUACAUGUUUAUUAACGUGAUCG